AUGAAAAGCACGCUUUACCUCUGCACCACACCACCACUGUUGUUGCCAUUAAAAUCACUGUCCACCACCAUCACCAUUGCUGGUGUAGAGGAAGAAGAGUGGGAGAAUACUGUCAUUAAGAAUGAAGAUCUUGAGGAGCUGCGAGAACUAGGUUCUGGUACCUUUGGGACUGUGUAUCAUGGAAAAUGGAGAGGAACAGAUGUUGCUAUUAAAAGAAUAAAGAAGAGCUGCUUCACGGGUCGGUCAUCUGAACAAGAGAGAUUGACUGUGGAGUUUUGGCGGGAAGCUGACAUUCUCUCCAAACUUCAUCAUCCAAAUGUGGUUGCAUUUUAUGGUGUGGUACAGCAUGGACCAGGUGGUACAAUGGCCACUGUGGCAGAAUAUAUGGUGGAUGGUUCUCUUAGGCAUGUAUUACUUCGCAAGGAUAGGUAUCUUGAUCGUCGCAAGAGGCUGAUAAUUGCAAUGGAUGCUGCUUUUGGAAUGGAAUAUUUGCACUCAAAAAACAUUGUGCAUUUUGACUUAAAAUGUGACAAUUUGCUUGUAAACUUGAAAGAUCCUUUACGUCCAAUAUGCAAGGUUGGUGAUUUUGGCUUAUCAAAAAUUAAGCGAAAUACUUUGGUUACUGGUGGUGUGCGUGGGACACUACCUUGGAUGGCACCAGAGCUUCUGAAUGGAAGCAGCAAUAAGGUCUCAGAAAAGGUUGAUGUGUUCUCCUUUGGCAUUGUAUUAUGGGAAAUUCUUACCGGUGAGGAGCCAUAUGCCAAUAUGCAUUAUGGUGCAAUUAUAGGAGGAAUUGUAAAUAACACAUUAAGGCCAACCAUCCCAAGUAACUGUGAUCCUGAAUGGAGAACACUGAUGGAACAAUGCUGGGCUCCCAAUCCUGCAGUCAGACCAUCCUUCACAGAAAUUGCCAGUCGUUUGCGCAUAAUGUCUGCGGCAGCAAGCCAAACCAAAACACAGGGCCAUAAAACAUCUAAAUGAGUUAUACAUUGUAAAGUUGGUAUUCAUACAGUCAUUUAAUGGUGAUCCAAGGAAGUAACUUACAAGUAUGGUUCUAUAUACUGUAGUCUUUUUUUUAUUUUACCAUAAUAAUUUUAUACUACACUAUGCAAGUUGUAUACCAAUGCUUCAACAACAGUGCAAAAUUUGUCAUUUAGUUUCUGUGUAUUGUACAAUGUUUUUCUUGCUCCUUGGUUUUCCAAUCUUGUAAUUGCUAACAAUGAUUUUAUUAUAGAUGGCUAUUACUCAUGUAGAGGG